ACAAAAAGCGUUGUUCUGCGUUCGUUGUCGGAUUUUAUAGUGAUAUCUACGUUUCUUGAAUCAGUAAUAAUUUAGGCUUUAUGGUCCAGAUCAUGCAAAAUAGAAACGAGCGCCCAUCGGCAAUUGUGUGCAUUGCGUAUCAUCAAUUAAGUAUAAUGACUGGUAUUAAAGAUCCAACUAAACAACCCGAUUUAGAGAAAAUAAAACAAGAGAAUGAACAAAUGAAUGUUCUUGUUAGAAGAAGUUUUAUGGAUAUAAAAAAUAUGUAUAUGCAACAUUUUUUCAAAUUUUCUAAAGACAUGGCAGAAUCUUUCAGGUCAAUAUUAGAUGACAUAAAAGUUCGUAUUGAAGAAUUUCAUGAACAAAAUCAAUCUAUAUUUGAUCUAUUUUCACUUUCACAACUACAAAAGUGGUCUCAAUCCCAACGUGAACAAUAAUUUGAAUUGAGUACGUGUAUAUUAUUUAAAUGCUGAUAAUAUGACGACGAUGCAUCUACACCGUACGCCAUCUUAAUUCGAAUAAUCUAUUUUUGUUCAUUUAUUUCUAUAUAUUAAUAUGUCACAACAAUACUGUUUUCUUUGCGCAAGUGAUGGUGGUGUUUUCUUGGAUAUUACGGAGGAUAAUAAACAAGUAUAUUAUGAUCAAUUUGAGAUCUGCUCACUUGUUAAGGUAGUUUUACAUAAAAAAAUGCGUGCUUAAAAUCACUAAUUUGCUAGUGAAUAUUCAAAUCUGAUUAAAUUUUCUGGAGCAAAUCUGAGCGUGCGUCGAUAUUUGCACAUUAAAUAACGUAAAUAUACGAAGAGAUAUUUUUAAGUUAAUUUGUCAAUAAUUAUAUUUAAAUAUAAUAAAAAAUCUAUUCUUAUUGUUAUAACCAAUCUAUUACAAAAAAUCAUAUUGUAAUAUUAAUUUUUUAAAGUUAUUAAUUUACAAAUAUAAUUGAGGUACCAAAAGCAAAUGAAUUGCCAACCAGAAUUUGUCAUAAAUGUGCAUAUGAAUUAAAUCAAUGUAGUGCUUUUAUAAAAAAAUUUAAACGAAAUACAAAGCAAAAAACAAAUGUCCGCAAACAAUGCUGCAAUUUAUGUCGGGAACCUGCAAAAAACGAAUUUAUUUUUGAUCUUGUUAAAGAGAAAAACUUGCAACAAAGUAUAUUUUUCAAAAUACGAAAGCUUUUCAAUCAUGAAUUUGAAAAAUUUUGGGAAGAGUUUAAAUUUAUAUGUUUAUCUUGUCGAUACACAAUAGAUGUGUUGUUGGAUUUACAACACAUAUGUGAAGAAACUGCAAAUACCAUAAAAUUCAAUAAUACAAAUAAUAAGGAAACAAAUAAUUUGAUUUUUCAUAAGGUAAAAACAACUGUCAUAAGUCGCAAAACUACUAUUACUGAAUCUAAGAGAGUAAAUUUAUCCAUAUUACGGGAAAGGGAAAUUGAUUCUGACAAUAUGACUCGUACACGGUCUCAAAAUCAAUUGAAUAAAAAAAUAACAUCAAAGUCUUGUAAUAAAUGUCAUGAUUCUAUUAAAACUGAUGAUGAUAUGUAUAAGAUUCAUGAAACAGGAAAUAUUGUAUGUAAAAAUUGUUGGAAAAAUAUGAAUAUUCAUAAGGAUGAAAUUGAAAAGCAAAAACAACAAAAUCUUACAGAAAUCAAACUUUGUACAGUUUUUCUAAAAGAUGUAUUAAAAGAUAGUGAUAUAAAAGCGAAAAAACUGUAUAGAAUUAAUGAAGAUGAUAAAGGUAAUAAAACAUAUAUUAUAAUGGAUAAUGAUUUAAAAAAUGAAAAUAAAUCUAAUAAAGAAUUUGAUAAUAUAGGAAAUACUAUAGAAAAACAAGGUCAAAAGCGAUCUAUUAAAGAUAUAAAUGAAAACACAAAUAAUGAAUAUACACCUAAUAAAAAGCAUAAAUCUAAUACAAAAGAAAUAAAUAAUAUUAAUUCAAAAGAGUCAAAUUUGAAGCAAAAGAAUCGAAAUCGAAAUAGUAUUCAAAAUUCAGAUUCAGAUUCUUCUGUAUCAAAAACUGCAAAAAGAAAACAAAGAACCUUAACAAGACAUAAACGAGCAAUUGGUUUAUCGUUAUCCGAUGCCGACGUUGACAAUAAGCAUAGUCGUAAAAGAUUAAAAACUAUUUUUAAAACUGUUUCUAUAGUAAAAAAUGUAGAUGAAAGUGACGAAUCGUUAUCAAACGAAGAUGUAUCAAAGAAAAAGCGAACAAGACUUACAAGCGCUCCACCAGAGAGUAUAUCUUUGCGAAAAACAAGGAAUAAUAGCCAAAACUUUGCAAAACGUUCCAUGAAUUUCAGCGAUUUAACGUCUCAUGAAUUUCAAUCUUCAGAAUCAAAUAAUAAAAAAGAUAUAUUUGAGACUCAGACAUAUGUAUGUGAUGAAUGUGGAGCCAGUUAUGAAAAUAAAGUGAUAGGUUUAACACACAAAUUGACGCAUUAUAAACAAUUAAGAUUAGAAAUUCAAAAAUUAAGUGACGAAAGUUUCAUAAAAGAAAUACCAAACUCAAAUGAAGCAGUAAAUGAUUUAGAAGAUCUAUCUGAAUCUAUAAUAAUUUCAGUAGAAGAUGAUGAAGAAGAAUUAAUGGAAGAUGAAAAGAAUUUAAAUGAAAAUAAUCAUGAAAAUGUUUUUUCUCCUAAAAAAGAAGUAAUAGAAGAUGUUGUUGAUGUAAAACUAGUCAUGAAAGAAUUUGACGAUGAUCAAAUACAAAAAAUUGAGAAUGAAAAGGAAAUGGAAAUUAAAACAAAUGUUGAUAUUUCAUCAAUUCAAAAUGAAAAUGAAGUUGAAAAAGACAUUAUUACAGAAACUGAAAAUAAUUGUACUGAUAAUGAUAAGACUGAUAAAAGUAUUUAUGAAUUUGAUGAAAAUAUGAAAUUAGAAGAAAUACAGAAAAAUUCAAAUAAAAUAUAUAAUAAUAAUGAAGAUAUACAGGAAAAAUAUAAAGAAAAGAAACAAAUAAAUGACCAAAAAAAUAAUGGAACUAAAAUAGAGGAAAGAAAGAAAAAUGAUGACAUUACAGAAAAAGAAAAAGAAAAUAAUGACAUUAAAGAAAGAGAAGAAGAAAAUGAUAUUGAAGAUGGAGAAAAUGUAAAGAAAAAUAUAAAUAAUAAAAACAAUGAAAAAGAAAAAGAACAGGAGGAAAUGAUAUACAAUGAAGAAGAAAAAGAGCAAGAACAAAUGAUGCACAUUGAAAAAGAAAAAGAACAAGAAGAAAUGAAAUACAAUGAAGAAGAAAUUAAAACGAAUAAAGAAAGUAAAUCUAAUGAAGAUUUUGUUGAAUUUACUAUGAAUGAAAAUGAAAUUCAGACUCCUUUUAAAGUGAUUGAACAAAAUGGUAUUGAAAAAAAAGAAAUAAAUGAUAGAAAUGAUUCAAUACAAAAUACAAAACAGAAAUUGUUUGAAUGUAUACAAGAAAGAAAAUCUGAUGAAAGUGAAAUAUAUACAAAAAUAGAUAAUUUCAAUUCAAAGGAAUCAAAAUUAGAAACAAACAUAAUAUUGGAAGAAGAAAACAUAAUAAAUAAAAACGAUCUUCAUAUAGAUGAAGCAAAAAUUAAAUUAAAUAUUUCAACACAAAAAGAGCUAAUGAACGAUUCUGCUAAUGUUGUAGCAGAAGUAUUGCAAGAAGUACUUGAUUUAGCAAGUGCAAAGGUUGAAGAACGGCAAGAAACUAUUGAUAUAGAUGCAAGAAAUAAUUUUAUCGAGACGGAAACUUUAGAAAACAUAUCACAUGAAAUACAAAAUACUGUUGAUAUGCCAUCUCUCAAAGUAGACAAUAUAAUCGAUUUUGAGUAAUAUCCAUAGAUGAGAUAAUUUCAUAAGUAUAUUUAUUACCACUUUUCUAUAACAAAUUAAGUAUAGUUCUGAUAUAAAAAUCCAUUUUCUUUUGUUUUUCUUAUUUAGAUGUUUGAUAUAUAUGUAAAUAUAUCUUGUAUAUUUUUAAUUUACAUUUAUAUAAAUAGAAAAAGAAUAGAAUGAAUAAUUAUUCAAUUCUUAUUUUAAAUUUAAACAGAGUAUUCAAUUUUAAUAUACAUUUUUAAUAAUUUUCAAUUAUUUCAAAUCAUUAAUAUCCUUUGUAUACGUAGUUUAUUUUUUCAUAGAAAUAUAUUAUUAUUUAAAAACAUAUUAUUACAUAAAUGAUUAUAAGUUGACGUAUCUGAUAUGUUGUAAAUAUGUCAUAUAUAUGUUGAUAUUUAAUAUUUUUUAUAAUUUUCAUUAUGCUAGGAAGAAAGUUAUAUUACAUACAUAAUUAAAUAGUUUAAAAGUUUAGAUAAAAAUAAUUGAACUCAUUUCUAAAUAUUUGCAAUAAAUUUUUAUAUGUUAAUUAUCUCUUUAUUAAGAAAUAUUUAUAGAAUAGAAAAUUCUAAACAAGUUUACUUAUUCAUAAUUGGAGAUAUUAAACGUUAAUAAUUUCUUAAUUUUAUUAAAAAGUUUAUAAAUUAAAUAUUGAUUUAUUUUUUAAAAAUUGAUAUAUUUUUAAAAACUGAUAAAAUUUAUAAUUAAUUGUUUUUAGUGGUAUAAGUACCAUGUAAAAUAUUUAAAAUUUAAAGUAAAAAUAAGAUAUUGCACAUAAAUAUAGUAUGUAAUCAUGGAAUAAAUCUUUUGAAAUUUAUUAAUAAUUAAUUUAUUAAUAAUUAUUAUUGAUAUAAUUAAAUUUUACUUUUUGUAUUCUAUGAACUUAUUACAAUAUAAAAUCAUCAUGAAAGUUACAAUUUUAAUACAUAUGUAAAAUGAACUAAACAAAUUGAUUGAUUGAAAUUUUAUUUUUAAUAACUUUAAUAAUAAUAUAUUUUAAUAAUUUUUUAUAAUACACAGUUUUUUUUAUAAAAAACUAUUUAUUAAAACUUUUUUUUUUUAUAAAAAAAAAUUGGGUUCAUUAAAGCAAUACAUUUUCUUUAACUUAAUCUUCAUUUUGUAUUUAUUUUUGUUUAAUUAUAUAAAUCAAUUUUCGAAAAAUAUAACAUAUAUAUUUUUAUAAGUUUGACUGUGCACAAAUUGCUUGUUUAAAAAUUAUUGCGACAAUUCAUAUUCACAAAAGAAGAUAUGAAGUUUUUAUACUUAAAUAUAAAGUUGGAUAAGUACAACAUGAAUCUAUAAUUAGAAAUUUUAUUUGGCAUUAUUGUUACAUAUAAAUUUUUAAGCUUUUGUAAAAGAUAGUGAAGAUGAAAUUGUAUCCGCGUUUUCAUAUUCAAUUUCCAAAUCUGACUUUACAUCUGAAACAUUUAUAAUAUAUAUAUAUAAAAUGAUAUUUUUCAAGGUAAAUAAGAUUUUAUUUAUAUAUAUAUUAGGAUGAUUCUUAUUUUCGAAACGUUCCCAGAAUAGUUGCAAUUAAUAAAAAAAAAAUAAUUUAUACAAAAUUUUUUCAAUCAAAUAACGAGAGAAUGUACUCUUGUUUUAAUAAUUGAUUAAUUAUUCGAUGAGAUAAUCAACAUUUUAAUUUUCAAAAUUAAAAAAAAAUUUUGAUAUUUUUUAUUUUUUUUUAUUUUUUUCAAAAAAUCAUUUAUCAAAAUCAUUUAUAUCGUUAUGUUAUUAUAUACAAAAUAAUAUGAUAUUAAAAAUACAUUCUGUUUAAAUUUGCAUCUAUUACAUUUUUUGAUAUAAUUAAUAAUUUAGAAGACAAUAAAAAAAACAAUUUUAUGAGUAUUUAAUUAAUUAUUUCUUCAAGAUAUAUGUUUUCAUUAUCUAAGCGAGUAUAUAUAUAAAUUUUGUACACAUUAUUUUUUUUAUUAAUUAAAACUAUACUAAAAAAUAUCAUAAAAAAACUUUAAUCAAAAGUAAAUAAGAUUAUUUUAAUUUAUGCUCUCACAAAAGUCAUAAAAUAGUUUACAUUCGGUUCAAGACUGGUAAAAAACAGAAAGAAUGUAUGAAAAAAAAUUACUUAAUCUAGUAUAUUUUAUACAAUAAGAAAAUAUAAAGUAUAAUAAAAAAAAAUCUGCAAUUUAAAAUGUAUAUCUUUAUCAAAUACUAAAGUUUUUUCAAAAAAUAAAAUAUCUUAUGAUUUUUGAGUGGAAAUAUAAUACAUUUAUAAUAUAUAUUCAACAAUCAUCCACAUAUUCAAAAUUUAAUCAAUAAUGUAUGAUUUUUCAUAAAUAAGAAAAAAAAAAGAAAUUAAUUUUAGUAUUUUAUGUAAACAUCUGUUACAUAUUAAAAAUUUUAGAAGUAUAAUGGUAACCAUUGUAUGACAGUCAUUGGAGUGUUUUUUGAAGAAAAAUAUGUACAUAAUAUAAAUAUGCAAUAAUUAUUAAAAUUUAUUAAAAUAAAGACUUCGAACUAAAUAUAAGUCGUAUGCUUUUGGAUGAAAUUUUAAAUUUCUCAAAUAUUAUAAUUGAUUUUAUCAGGAUUCAUAUGAUAUCUGAUAUUGAUAUAUGCAAUAAUGUAUUAAUAUACAUUAAUAUGAUACAUUAUCAAUAUGAUAAUUAUAAAAAUAAUUAUAAAAAUUCAGAAUAUAUUAAAAAUUUUUUUGAUAAAUAAUAAAACAUAAAUAUGUAUAAAAAAAUAGUUAUACAUUGUAAUAUUACAUAAUAAUUUAAUAGUAAAUGUUCAAUUUUGAUUACCGAUUAUUUUUUCUUCUUCAAUCCAGAAAGGUUUUCUGUGACUUUUCCAUUGACAAAGGUCCAAUGUUGCGUUUUGAUCAUAUUCACCACAUCGUAAUAACAAAUCGAUAUAUUUCUCGAUUUUUUCUUGCCCUUUAAAAAGAUAUAUAUAACAUACAUGUAUUUUUUUUACACAUAAAUGAACACUUUAGAGAUUUUUAAUUUCUAUUUCAUUUAAGAAUAGAUAAGAGACAACUUAUACUUCAAUACUUUGUAAUUAAGUACUCAAUAUCGUGAUACGAUUUGUGUAGAUAAAUAUUUAAGAAAUGUUAAAAUAUGUAAAAUAAAAAGAAAAUAAUAAUUGUAUUUCUAUAUAAUUAA